AUGGCACCACAAGGAAAGCCCAAGGUCAUCCGACCAAUGAGCAAUCUAGAAUUGUAUCACUCAGCCCUACAUACUUUACGACAUAGCUGUGGAACUGCUGUAACGUGCCGUUAUGUUCUCCCAGGGCGCCUCAUUGGAGGUACAGUUGAAAAUGCCCAAGAUGCCUUCCGCAUGGCUGUGGCACUCACAGUAAUCGAACAUCCAAUGCUACAAGUGGGAAUCUUGAAUGAAGACUCAGCUAUGCCAUCAUGGAUCGAGCUCGAAAGAAUUGAUCUCGGUACACAUGUGACUUGGGAAAAGAUCCAACAACCCAAAGACUAUGAUGUUUCCUUGAAGAAAGCUAUCGGCAGUCAACUCGACACUUGGUUUACCGAUGUUGAGUCUAAGCCGGGGUGGAGAAUGUCUGUUUUAUAUCCAGAAGGGCCUUUGGCGUCACUGGAUGUUAUCUUUUGCUGGAAUCACACCAAUUGUGAUGGCGUAGCAGGCAAGAUCUUCCACCAGAGCCUCCUGCGUAAUCUCAACGAUCCCAAAGUCGGCAAAAAAUUGGACUCCCUCAAGGACAAUGUGCUGAUCCUGGAGAGUGUUGCGGAUAGAUUCCCACCGCCACCAGAGAAGCUUAUCAAGAUCCCUAUCUCAUGGGGAUUUGCUCUAUCCACCAUUUGGAAAGAGCUAAGACCCCCGUUUCUUGUAUCGAGCGACCCUACACAGGUCAAUUGGGCUCCUAUCCACGAGGAGCCUUAUCGAACUGUGUUCAAAACCAUCUCAAUCGACGACGCAACAUUGAAGAGAGUUGUUGAGAAGUGCCGAGCGCAUAAGACUACUAUCGCAGGUCUUCUACACGCUCUUCCCCUGGCCUCUCUCUCGCUACAGUUGGCUGAAGGCCAGAAGCAUCACAAGAACGAGGCGAAAUCCAUGUAUGCCAUCACUGCGUUGGAUGUUCGUCGUUUCAUUCCCGCCGAGUCUGACGCUUAUCCUUGGCAUGUUCCUAGCACAACUAUGGAUAAUCAGAUGGCGCUUUGCGACCACAUGUUUGAUGAGAAUAUGAUAUCAGAGCUUCGUACCAGAGCUCAAGGCGUAUCUUCAGAUGAAGAUGUCAUGACAAAGCUUGAGGAUAUCGUCUGGUCCGCCGCGGCUCAAGCUCGAAAGGAUAUCCAGCACAAGGUGGACCAGGGCAUGAACAACGAUCCUCUAGGCUUGAUGGGCCUCGUGAAAGACUGGCGCAUACAGAAGAAACAGCAACUCAAGAAGCCACGAGUCGGUGCUUGGGGCGUGUCCAACCUAGGCACGAUGGAUGGAGAGGUUGAAGGAUCAGGGUCAGGGUCAGGCUGGAAGAUCGAAAGAGCAGUGUUUCAGCUUAGCUGCGAGAUUACCUCUCCCGUCUUUCAUAUCAGCUCCAUGAGCGUGAAAGGGAAAGAGCUUUGUGUUGAUAUCAGUUGGCAGGAAGGUGUUAUUGAUGCUGAAAUUGGAAACAAGCUUGCUUCUGACAUGGAGGCCUGGUUAAGGUUUCUUGGCGCCUAG